UAUUCUCAACAAAGCCAAGCACGUCCAUGUUAUUCUUCACUCAGCACCAUGUGCAGCUUUUACACAUAAAAGUUGGAGACAAAGCUGAAAUAAUUAAGACGUUUACAUCAAAGGAUAUUUUUAUCUUUUCUGAAUUAACGGGGGACACAAACCCGUUACAUUUGGAUGAAGAAUAUGCCAAGAGAUCAAGGUUUGGGAGAAUAGUUGUACAUGGUGUUCUAAUCAAUGGACUUAUUUCAGCUGUCCUGGGAACGAAAAUGCCUGGGCCUGGGUGUAUCUUCCUUUCUCAGGAAAUUAAUUUUCCAUCUCCUUUAUAUGUUGGAGAAGAGGUCUUGGCUUCAGCAGAAGUGAAGAAACUGAAGAGAUUUCUUGCUUAUAUUGCAGUGUCAUGUACAGUUGCCCAAAGUGGCAAAAUUGUCAUGGAGGGUAUUGUUAAAGUUGUGGUGCCUGAAGAUCAGAAAUCUGAGCCCUGAUUGCAUGAUGUAUCCUAUUGGUAGCAGAGGUUAUAAUAGGAUGUAAUUUUAAUUGUAAUCAACUAAUUAUCUAUGAGGAAUUUGAAAGAGUUUAAUUUUGAUGUUGGUCUCUGAUUUAAAAGAUUGGUUUGCCUUUUAUCGAUGUGAUGGUUGUUGGUGAGAUAGAAUGAGAGCUUCGCAAGAAUGCUGAGGUAGAAAUUAAAAUCAGCAUCCAAAAUGG